GCUUCGGGUCUGCAAGUCGUGACAGCAUGGCGGCGGCUGCAUGGGACGAGCACCAGGCGUAUGAGGAGCUGCUGUACUGGGACAGCCUCAUACAACAGGGCCACCGCCUCCUCCCGCACGACUUUGAUAGAUACGAGGAGCUGCGUUACUGGUAUGACUGCCUGUGCUACGAGGAGGAGCUGAGACAGUACCACGACUACAUCGCUGCUAUCCAGCAGGAUAAUCGGCAUCAUGAGUUUACAGAAGCUGCCCACCAGGUGCACACAGGUCCAUACGAUCGCCAUGUGAUGGCCAAACACUCAGAAGUGUAUCCAUCACCAGAGGAGCUGGAGGCGGUGCAGACCAUUGUCUCUCAUGUGGAGUGUGCCCUUAAGACUGUGUCUGACCAAAUGGAUGCUCCGAAAGACGAAAAAGAAAACACAGAGGCGGAGAGCAGUGAUUCACAAGAGCGUGUCCUGCGUGGGGUUAUGAGGGUCGGCCUGGUGGCCAAAGGACUUCUGCUGAAGGGAGACAAGGACCUGGAGCUGGUGCUGCUCUGCUCCAACAAGCCUACUAUCACCCUGCUUAAACAAGUCGCUGAAAAGUUAAUUGCACAGUUAGAGGAGAGUUCAGCGGGGACGUAUAUAGUAAGCCAGUGUCCGGGGGAUGCAGCCAUUGUUGUGACAAGUACCAAGGAGUCGGUCCUGACUCUCACUAUCCACCUAACAUCGCCUCUUGUCAGGACGGCGCAAGAGAGUAAAACUGCAGAGGAAGAAGAAAAAGAACAAGGCACAGAAGCGCGAACAGUCAACGAUCCGCCGGACGUUCUGGACAGGCAGAAAUGCCUAUCUGCCUUGGCGUCUCUCCGCCACGCCAAGUGGUUCCAGGCUAAAGUCAACGACAUGGGUUCUGCAGUCGUUGUGAUCCGGAUCAUGAGAGACUUGUGUAACCGUGUUCCUACCUGGACGCCACUCUCAGGAUGGCCUCUCGAGCUGCUGGUGGAGAAGGCCAUUGGUACAUCUGAGAGGCUAAUGGGAGCAGGCGAGUCAUUGCGCAGGGUUUUGGAGUGUGUUGCAUCUGGAAUCCUCUUGGAAGACGGCCCUGGAAUUAAAGAUCCGUGUGAGAAGGAAACGGUCGACGCCACUGCAAAUCUGACACCUCAGCAGCGUGAAGAUAUCACGCAGAGUGCUCAGUUUGCCUUGAGGCUGUGUGCAUUUGGACAGAUGCACAAGGUGUUAGGGAUGGACUUCAAACCUAUAAAGCCACGGAAAUCAAUGGGAGCCAGCAAAGAUGGCACAGCUCAGAUACCACCUGCUGGACACUUCAUCCUGCCAGCUAAGAGAGCUUACGCAGAGGUGGAUACAGGAGAUGACGAGCCCCACCUCAACAGCAAGCAGAGGAAGUCUCUAAAGUUCCAGAAGCGCUUUCAGAGGAAAUCAUUCACAGAUGAUUUUAGCAUGAAUGCUGUGAUGCGUCUGAACCAGUACAGACCUGGUCUGGAGUACCGACUUACAUCUCAGACUGGUCCGGUCCAUGAGCCAGUCUUCACAAUGGCCGUGGACUUAAAUGGGAAGACCUACGAGGCAACGGGGCCCUCCAAACGAGCCGCCAAACUUAAUGUAGCCACCAAGGUUCUGCAGGAUCUCGGUCUUCCGACAGGCUCAGAAUCUAAAUCAGAGUCCAGUGGUGACGCUGAAGCAUCCCUGGAAUCAGUGAAAGCCUCUUCCACAGCCUCUACUACAUCAGAAGACAGUGGUCAGGGUCCUAUCUUGACCAAAAAUGGCAAAAACCCUGUGAUGGAGCUGAAUGAGAAGCGUCGCAGCCUGAAGUACGAGCUGUCUGCAGAGACGGGGGGCUCGCAUGAAAAGUGCUUUGUCAUGGAGGUGGCUGUUGAUGGACAGAAGUUCAAAGGCAGAGGUUCUAAUAAGAAAGAAGCAAAAGCCUUCGCUGCCCUCGCUGCUCUGGAGAAGCUGUUCCCAGAUGACAGCGGAGUGACAAACACCAACAGAAAUCCUCCAAAGAAGAAGAUCACGUACACAGACAUGCACAUCCCAGGCUUCGGCACAAUCCGUGGCAUUCCUUCAGACUCCGGCUCUCGUGGCUGGGGUCCCAACAGAGGUCGAGGCAGGGGUCGGGGCAAACCGUUUCCUCCAGGACCCAGUUACAAUAAGACCAACUACAGUUAUGAGAGCAGCACUGGCACAGGCUAUCAUAAACUGUAUGGUAAUAACGCAGCCAGCACCACAGCAAAAGGCGCUGGCGCCACUGCAUCAGCCAGCAACAUCGGCUACGGCACCUUUUACCCGGAGGGCAGCACCUACUCCUCUCCGCCCGUCUCCAACUCCGACUCCAGCACCACAAAGGGAGAAAGCUACCAGACGAUGCCUCCUCCCGCCGACCAGGAGAGCCCUUACAGCUACGGGUAUGGAGAUGAGAAGAAGAAGAUGCUGACCCAAAGUCAGAAUGAGGGCCAGGGAGGAGACUACUCUAUGUACAGCACAGCUUACCCUAGCUCGGUGACAGGUGGCCAAGUGUAUAAUAAUUAUGGAUGGGGAAACCAGUCGUCCUGGGGGAAUGAGCAGGGGUAUGGCAUGUACCAGGGCUUCGGGGGACAAAACCAGGGAUCAUACUCUGGAUACAACGACAUGAAUUAUUAAUCAUCACAUUGUGUACAGCCUUUCUCACCUCACAAUGCCAUCUCUUGACUCUGACUCUGUCCGCCCUCGACAAUGAUCCUGGGAUACCACUUCUGAAAAGAGGAAAAAAAGUGCUCGUGUUGUCUCUGAAAUUAGAAGGUUGCUGUUUUAUUUGUUUUGUUUUCACCUCACUUGGACAUCUGGUAAAAACAAUUGUAGGUGACAGAUGCAGGCUUAUCUUGUGAUUAAAGUCUACCUGUUUCUUUUAACUGCAGCAUCCCUCAUCGUGUCCGUGUUGACAUGAGUGUAAAAAAAUCAUACCUGGUUUAUGAUUGUCUUGUUUCUAGGGUUGCGUUUUUUAAAACUAGUGUACUGGUUCUGUAUCAGUAUGUUAUGGUUUUGAUUUAAAGCUGAUAUUGGUUUUGAACUGAAGAUUUAUUUGUUUGUGUCACAUAAAAUGCUCUAAUCUUUCCUGUAAAAUAAAUUACUAUUAUUUUA